GGACAAGGAAUUUUCGAAGCCAAUCCAAGACUAAGAUGAGAUUCAAAGAUAUUCGUGUAUGAACCUGGAAGUUGCGGAGUCUUGGAACGUUCGGACUAUGAUACCAUGCGUGUUUUCAUUGUUCCUCAUACUCUCGAUACGAGUCGAUGGAAGAUCCAUCAAAAUGGAGAAGCUUGAUGCCUUCGAAAAACUUUCAACGGUAGCGAAAUGUCGGGAGGAAGUUGGAUUCGAGGACAUCAGGAAAGUGGGAACCCUCGAAUUUCGUGAAGGAAAGAAGGCCAUGCGCACGAUCUCAUCCUCCCUCGCAAAUCCUCUCCAACUACAGUGUCAGAACUCCACUCUCUGUGGCUAUGUAUCGCCCGCGACCUCCGCCACGUGCGAUCUUAUAGAUGAUCCUUCGGAUGAAACUUGGAGCUGCGAAAUUGAGUUACCCGACAGCAAUGUAAUCCUGGAUUCUCUGAUCAUUGAAUGCGAGCACGACGACUCCGGAGCCUCCGAUGACUCGUGUAUUCUCAAAGAUUCCUGUGUGCUCUACUACGUUCCUACAUACGGGGGCUUGGCCCUGAUGAUCUAUGCCAUCGUGAUGGCAUUCGUAGUCUGCCUCCUGCUCCUCAUCUCUAUACACUAUUGGAGGAAGUUAACGGAGACCAGGAGAGCAACACAGUGCAUGGAGCGGCUCGCUGCGUCCUCCAUGAAAGGUAUCGCUACGACCAACCUCUAGAUCAUGAUCGGGUCCAGGGAAGUGGGCGCGAGAGACGCUCAUUCGGAAGUCUCACAAGGAUCUCGAUUAACGAUCCUUGCCGAUACCGAUCAUGACCCUAGGUAGGUCGCUGUUCCGAAAAGUGCAGGUCAUUUGUGAAUCAGUCGCCGCGCGCUAAGCUAUCACUUGCUUUCAUAGCCCCAAAAGCUGCACAUACAUAUCCUCGACGAGUCUUCGACACAUUUUCCGCGGAUGCCAAUAUCUCUGGAGGCUUGACCAUCGGAGUCGAGAUUCGGAAAAUUCCGCGAAGCCGUCGUGUCAUGGCGUUCUCUGACCUGUGAGAUGAGCUAUCGGAUUCAGGGCAUUAAGGGCAAACCGAGAGACCUCUCAUGCGUCUGAACAAAGUGGAAAUCGCACGAGAUUCCAGAGCGCCAAGCCAGCUUGACAUCUGACUGAGAACAAAAAACUAAGUCCCGUCUGAGGCUCGAAACUUUCACACCGCCCAGACUUGCCCUGCCUUUCUUGAUCCAGAACGGGAAUCCUAUGAUGAGUCAGAUCUUACGACAGUCUUGUAAUUUAGAACAACAAUAGAGAUUCCGAUAUAA